AUGGAGCCAUGGGACCCCUGGGCGGAUCCGGCGGACGUCGCGGAUCCGACGCCGACCCGUGGGCCGCGUGACCCGCGUGGGCCGUCGGUGGCGGCAGGAGAGGAUGCGAGGAAGUUGAGUCCAUCAGUGCCCUCUUGGGACCUUUGGGACGUGAGGCGCAUUUGUGGAAUGGCGAGACGUGGUGCCCUCCAGAUGUUGGCAGCGUUGAGCUCCCAACGCAUGCGUGAAGUGGAGGAAUGGAUUUGGAAAGCCGAGGAGGUCGGCCUCGGACAUGAGGAGAUUCUGCCGGCCAGGCAGCGACUGCGGGACCUGGCGGAAAACAAUCGCAGCAUCCACUGGAAAAGGGAGGAAGAGAGGGAGGCGAAGCAAAAGGCUGAAUCUAUGCAGAUGGAAGCACGGGAGAAGCUGGAAGGUGUCAUGUUAGAGGUGGAGCGUUUCAUGAAACGAAGAGAUGCCGGAGCCUACCCAGAUGGCCGGGUGGAGCUGGAGACCAAGCUGAAGGAUGCCAUCACAGAAGCCUACAACGCCAAGGAAGAGGCUCUUUGGCAAAGUUCCCUCCAUCUUUUGCAUUGCUUUCGGAGCAUCGACGUGGACGCCUGGGACAGCGCCAUAGUGGCCUCUGGCCGCGCGACCCGCUGGGACGUGUGUCUGGCCCUGCUGACGCAGCGCUGGAGGGUUGAUACACCCCACACCUGGCACAGCGGUGAAGGAAACCCUGGUUGUGGCGCCACCAUCAGCGCCUGUUCCCGCGUGGGUCACUGGCCGUUGGCUUUGGCCCUGCUGUCCGUGGCGCGUUCACGACGGCAGCCGUUGGGCGACAGCAGCUGCAACGCGGCGAUCAGCAGCUGCGCCAGGGUUGUGGCGUGGAGCCGGGCAUUAUGGAUUUUGCAGGAGGUGCCUCUGGCCAACGCCGAGGGAUACAACGCCAGCCUCGCGGUCUGCAGCAAGGGCCGGCAGUGGCACUUGGCGCUCCAGCUGCUGCAACGGAUGGUGGAGGCAUGGCGCAGGCCAGACGCGUUCACCUUCAGCAGCUUGUUGGCUGCCUGCCAUCGUUCCCAGCGCUGGGAAGUGGCUCAAGGCUUGCUCCGGGACAUGCCACUGACGCAGGCGCAAGAGCUUCACUCACUGGGAAAUCCAAAGGUCUAUCGCUGGGUGCAAGCACUCGAAGUCUUCUGCCAGGAGCUUUGCAGCCGUGAGCCCAAUCUGGUGGCCUACACGGUGGCGCUACAAGCACUUCAAGUGGCCGGACCGCAGUGGACUGUGGCAGCAAGAAGACUGGCGAAGCAGAUGGGAGGAGCACAAGAUGUAGUGAGCUACAGCACUUCUCAGUGGGCCAGCGACUUUGCCCCUCUUCCACUGGCAGAACGCACGUUCCGUCGGACCAUCUUCGCCGCUGCCACGCGCCUGUCGCUGCAGUGUCUUCGCACGGCGGUAGCGGAGACCAUGCCGGAGACGGCGCCGGAGAGCGUGCCGGACAUGGGGGUCUUCAGCAGGGAUCUGCUGGAAACCUGUUGGCGGCACAAGGUCUUGAAGCUCGGUGAAGUCGAUGUUCAGAGGCCGCCCAAAACGCUGACGGAGGGAGCCACGAAGCGGUCCCUGGCCAAAGAGAUGCUACAAGCGUUGAAGGAGAAAGACGCAAGCGCCUUGCGUCGAGUUUUAGAUGAUGCGCUGCAGCAGGGUGUGCAGUUGCAGGGGUUGGAGGUGGCCCGCAAGAAGUUGGCGGAGUGGGACGUAACGGCAUCAACGGCAUCAAGGAUGCGGCAUGAUCCUCACCCAAAGCCCAUGCAGCCGCUGCGCAUCAUUCUGCCAGAUGGGAGGAGAGGCUGGUUGAAGGUGGAUCUCCAAUGGCCCGGGCGUAGCAUCAUGAAGUGCUUACCCAAGGAGGUCGCUGGCUCGCACUUCACCUUGGCCCAGGAGGGCGGUCACCGAGGCCAACUUACCGUGCUGCAGCAGCCACUGGACCUGGACAGGAGCACUUCUGAGGCGCAAUUCGGAAAGCCGGAGCGGGAUGAGUUAAACGUCGAGGUCAUGAAAGGCCUGGCGGAGCCGUUCCCGGCUUUUGCACAGGCGAUGAAUUUAACUGAAUUCUGA